GAGUUUUUCAUAAAAUUAUUAAAAAAAUUAGAAUUCUUUUUUUAAAAAACAUUUUAAAUCGGUCCAAAGCAGUCUUGUCCGGAUUUUGGACUGAUUCUUUCGGUCAGGUCCGAGUUUCCGUUUGAUCCUAACUUAAGCAGUCCGGUUUUCGAUUUUUAAAAUUCUAAUUUUUGGUCAUGUCCGGGUCGAUCUGUUUCGGUCCUGCACGAAUACAGUAAAUUAGAUUAUAACCACAGUGAUUGUGGGUUUUUUUUUUUUAAUAAUUUUUUUUUUACUCUAAUAAUCUAAUAUAAUCUCUAUUAAAAAAAUCUAUAUAAACCCUAGAAUUUGAAAUCAAAAGAGUUAAAACAAUUCACAAAGAAGAUUAUUCUCAUUGCCGGUCAGGUGGUCGAAUAGUUGCUUCAAAGAAAAUGAAGUUAGAAGAAGUGAACUGUUGCCAGAUACAAGAAUGGUAUCCGAAAUUUAAAUCUGUCUCUUUAAAGACUGUUGUCCAUGAACUCCCAGAAUCCUUUAUUGAGUAUCUGUGUGAAGAUUAUGGCCCCCUUUUGCUUCCCAUUUCAGUUUCAAAUGAGGACGCCUUGCCCAAUAGGAUUCAUAAACCUGAAGAUGAGGAGGACUAUCAAGUGUCAGAAGGAUCUGAAGAUGAAUCAGAGCAACCACCAUCUCCCCCUUCUUUCCCGGAACUUGAAUUAAAGAUCAAAGAAUCAAUUGAAUCCCUUGGUGGUGCUGUCUUUCCCAAGUUAAAUUGGAGUUCGCCAAAAGAUGCUGCUUGGAUUAGCUCUACAGGAACCCUCAGAUGCACAUCAUUUUGUGACAUAGCUCUCUUACUAAAAUCGUCUGAUUCAGUGGUGCAUGAUUUGUGCCAUCCGUAUGAUUCAUGCAGUGACAAGACUUUGUCAAGACCACCACUUUUUUACCUUGCUCUGCGCAAAUGGUACCCCUCUUUGAGACCAGAGAUGGAGUUCCGUUGUUAUGUCUAUGCUCAGCAGCUAAUUGGAAUUUCUCAACGUGAAGUCACUGCUUAUUAUCCUGCUGUGCUGGAAAGGAAAGUCGAGCUCAAAGAUAUGAUCCAUGAUUUUUUUAUGGAUAAUGUUGAAGGGAAAUUUAAAUCUGAAAAUUACACGUUUGAUGUUUAUGUUACGAAAGAUAAUAAGGUCAAGUUGAUUGAUUUUAAUCCAUGGGGUGCAUUUACAUUGCCAUUACUGUUUACUUGGGAAGAGUUGGAGCUAGCUGGAAAGUUAGAGGAAGAUAUUGAUUGUAGAAUAGUGGGAAGCCAGCAUACAGUACGUCCAGGAUUAAAGACUGCGGUUCCUUAUGAUUAUAUAGAUAUGAACGCUGGAAGUGGUUGGGAUCAAUUUUUGAGGAAUGCUGAUGAGGAGUUGCAGCAACAGAUGAGGUCUUCGGAAGCAGGUGCAUAAGCAUUUGGUAUGCUGGAGCCUACAGGUUUUUCCGUGAUGGCGUAUACUUUGUAGUUUUCUUCUGAGUAACCUAAUCUAUGUUAGAGUAUGUUUGCUAACAAGAUUUUAAAUUAUUCUUAUUACUUAAGGCUUGAGGCUAUAUUAAUUCUGUGGUUACCUUUUUAAUGAAUAUUUUAUUUCACAGUAUGCAUGUUCAUUACUGAUCUUCCCCUGCUUUCCUUCCUAACAUCCCACCCCCUCACUCUUUCCCCCAAAAAACAGAAUCAGAGGGUAUUAAUCGCUCGAAAACAGGCUUUCCUCUGCUCUCUGUAAUUUUUCUUUUUCACCCUUCAAUUUGGAUAAUGAAGAGCUUAUGAUAUAAGUCUUAGUUGAUUCUUAUAUUUUUCUCUUCACUUUGAACUAAGGCAACAGCACUUGCGCGCUAUCAAUGUAUAAUGCUUUGGUAUGUCAACAGGGUUUAUGGAAGCUGUUCACUAGGACAGCGAUGUAUCAUUCUAUAGCAUUCUGCUUAACUUAUUUUGCCUGUAGAAAAUGUAGAACAAGCAGCUCAGAAAUACAGCAGGCUUCUUCAGAUUUGAUCAGUUUCACAUUUUAUUUGCUCCAGACUCUACAAGCUCUAGAAUGUAGUGUCACGGCCAAGAAACCUGGUGAAGCAAUUCACAGCAUAGACAGCUAGCUUGAUCCCAGUCUUGUCAGUGAUUUUCAUUGCAAUCAAACAGGUGUAAAUAUUUAAAGGCCAUCUGAGGGAACCAUCGCAGAGGGUGAGACCACAGAAGUUAUUGGUGUCUAAACAAAGUUUACUUCACCGUGGUUUGUGUUCUAGUUAAAAGUCGAUGUUUAGCAAGCUUUACUGAUGAGAUUGAGCAAUUGCAGUUUUGUACUCUAGUGAUUAUCCGCCUUUAUUAAAAAGAGUUGUAUGGGGAAUUUUGUAGACAAGUUUGUGCUUGAUUUCCUGUGUUUCAGUCUAUUAAAAAUUGGUAUUACGCUUCACACUCAUCAAAUUUUACAUUGUAUCUGUUUUGCUUCCAUCUUCAUUAAUGUUAUUUGCAGAAAUUUACAUCAGGUGCUGUUAGCAACCAAAAUCUAUGCCUUCUUGGCUGCUUGUUGCUGCUAUUCUACUUCGUGUUUAAUCUGUGUUAACACAGCAUCUUGUGUGAAAUAUAUCCCCUUAUAUUCCUAAGUUACAUUGUCUAUGUUUUUACAAUAUGUUAAUACAUGUUAAUGAAACAGACAAAGUUCCAGAAAUUGAAUGAUUUACUAACCCUGCAAAUAAGCGCCCUUAUACUUCAUGAAAAAAAACACACUGUGAUCCACCCUGGAAAAAUAUCGAGCUAGAUCUUGGCAAUGCAAGUGAGAAAAUUGGAUCUUCUACAAGAACGUAUAGCAGCAUAGAUGGACACCACCACAAUCCCUACACCCACCAUUAUCAGGAGCACCACAAAGGCAUCAGACAUGUCUUCUUUCGGCUUUCAGAUUUGCUCAGUGGUCGACGAAUAAUUUAACAUAUGCACAUAUAGAGCUAGAAAUUGGGCUUGUAUAUAUGCUACAUAAAGUGUUUGAUAUAACGUCUUGCCUAAUGCUUAGGAUGAAGGCACGAAAUGGAAAUGGUGAGCAUCUCAAAUACUCUCUCUGCCUUUUGG